AUGUUAGGUGCGGUGAAGAUGGAAGGACAUGAAGCUUCUGACUGGAGCAGUUACUACGGGGAACCGCAGGAGGCCUAUUCGGCGGUGCCAGUGAACGGGAUGAACCCAGGACUAGGCGGCAUGAACAGCUACAUGAGCAUGAACAGCAUGGGCUCCGGCGGCAGCAUGAGCUCGGGCUCCUUCAGCAUGUCCUACGGGAACCCAGGCAUGGGCACGGGGCUGAGCCCGGCUAUGGCCGCGAUGACAGGCGGCGGCGGAGGCGGAGGUGGUGGCGGCGGCGGGGCCACGGGCGCGAUGACGGCCAUGAGCCCGAGCCUGAGCGGCCAGGCGGCCUCCAUGAGCGCGCUGAGCCCGUACUCGAGCCUGAGCCCGGCGGCCCUCAGCCCGAUGGCGUACGGCCAGAGCAACCUGAGCCGGCCCCGGGACAGCAAGAGUUUCCGGCGGAGCUACCCGCACGCCAAGCCGCCGUACUCGUACAUCUCCCUGAUCACCAUGGCCAUCCAGCAGGCCCCCAGCAAGAUGCUGACCCUGAGUGAGAUCUACCAGUGGAUCAUGGACCUGUUCCCGUAUUACCGUCAGAACCAGCAGCGCUGGCAGAACUCCAUCCGCCACUCACUCUCCUUCAAUGACUGCUUCAUCAAGGUGGCCCGCUCCCCGGACAAACCCGGCAAAGGCUCCUACUGGACCCUGCACCCGGACUCGGGCAACAUGUUCGAGAACGGCUGCUACCUGCGGCGCCAGAAGCGCUUCAAGUGCGAGAAGAGGUCGGCGCUGCGGGCGGACGGGCCGAGGAAGGAGGGCGCCCCGGCUCAGGGCAGCCCGCCGGCCGCCGGCCCCCGCCCCGGCCCCCUGCCCCAGGCCGAAGGCACGCCGGCGCUCGGCGACUCGAGCAGCCCGUGCACCAGCCCGGUCAGGGAACUCGGCAAGCAGCAGCAGCAGCAGGCCCCGCUGGGCAGCUCGGGCCCGGCCCUGGGCAGUGCCCUCAGCUUGAGCCCUGGGGCACCGCCGCCGCCGCCUCCCCUCGGCCACGUGUCGGCCGCCGACUCGCAGCAAGUGCACCACCUGAAGGGAGAGCCGCAUUACUCCUUCAACCACCCGUUCUCCAUCAACAACCUCAUGUCGUCCGAGCAGCAGCAUCACAAGAUGGACUUGAAGGCUUACGAACAGGCCAUGCAUUACUCCAGCUACGGGAGCAGCGGGCUGACCCUCAGCUCCAUGGGCAAGGGCAGCAUGGAGCCCUCGGUCUUGGCCAGUGAAGCCUCCUACUACCAAGGUGUGUAUUCCAGACCUGUUCUCAACACCUCUUAGUCUUACACCCCAAAACAAAAGGAGUUCG